AGUCGGCAGAUGGACGAGGAGACGGGACGCUGGAGGCGCGCCGAGGGAGGAAACCCUCGUGAACGGUGGCGGCGGCGGCGGCGGCGAUGCCGCCGGAGAGGAAGAGGAUGGCCGGGCUGUGGGAGCGCGAGGUCGGCGGCCUCCCUCCCAGGAACUUCGCCAACGCCUUCAUGGCCUCCAAGGACUUCGUGCAAUCUCUCAGCAUACACAAGAGACUACGGAAGCACAGGGGCUGCGUCAACACGAUAAGCUUCAACGGGGACGGGAGAUUGCUCCUCUCCGGGGCGGACGAUCGGACCGUCGUGCUGUGGAAUUGGGUGGAGGCUGUGCCAACCGUAUCGUUCCACACUGGGCACAGUAACAACGUGCUCCACGCGCAGUUCAUGCCCUUCUCGGAUGACCGGAGCAUUGUCACGUGUGCUGGUGAUGGCGAGGUGAGGCAUUCGCAGAUACAGGAAGGGGGUCACGCAACUACAGACAAACUUGUUGAGUUGGAGUUCGCGGUACAUAGGUUCGCUGUUGAACCAGGAAGUCCUUACACAUUCUACUGCUGCUGUGAAGAUAGCUCCGUGUGGCUUUUUGACCUCAGGGGGAAAAAUGCUGUGGAACUCUUUAAAUGUAGGGCUGCAGACCAUUUCACUGCUGAUGCCACCGAACUCUUUGCUAUUGCCAUAGACCCAAUGAAGCCCUAUUGUUUUGCAGUGGCUGGAUCAGAUGAGUAUGUAAGGAUAUAUGAUACCCGCAAGAUUCGUCUGGAUGGCAAUUCUAUUUUCGGUCACCCGACAGAGCACUUCUGCCCUCCACAUUUGAUUAGUGAAAACAAAGAUGGAAUAACUGGUUUGGCUUACUCACAGACCAGUGAGCUAUUAGCAUCCUAUAGUCAUGACAAUAUCUACCUUUUCUCAAGAGAGCAUGGUUUACACUUCAACAACAUUGAGGUAGAUGAGCGACUCCUGAUGGAUGGGACCAACCCCUUAUCUUGUUGUAGGGAUGAGUUGCCUAUACCUAAGACAUUCAAUGGACACCAGAACCAACACACCAUUAAGGGGGUUAACUUCCUUGGGCCCAACUGUGAUUAUGUUACCUCCGGGUCAGACUGUGGCCGUAUAUUUAUUUGGAGAAAGAAGGAUGGGGAGCUGAUCAGAGUGAUGACUGGAGAUAAACACAUUGUAAACUGUGUCGAACAGCACCCUUCAGGGAUUGUUGUUGCAAGCAGUGGCAUUGAUAAAGAUAUUAAGAUUUGGGAACCUGGUGAAGGUGAAAACCCCUCCAUCGCUCCUGUUGACAAGGUUGAGGAAGAUAUGUGGCUCUCCAGCAGCAGUGAUUCUGAUGGCUUUUUCUACAACGACGAUUUGGAGUAUGCAAUGGACUUGGAUGAUAUUUAUGUAUAUGGAAAUGGUGAUGAACAUUCAUCUGAGGAAGAUGAAGAUACAUCAUCAGAGGAAGACGAUGAUGGUGAUAACAGUGCCAAAGAAGACAACGAUGGUGACAACAGUGCCGCAGGAGAAGGUGGUGCUGAUUGUGAAAACAGUGCCGAAGAUGUAAGCGAUGGUUGACAACGAUAUAACAGGCGAGGAAGAUUUUGUUCAGCUAUUAGUUCAAGAGCAGCUGCUUUUAGUUUCGUGUAAGGUGAUCUCGGGAGGAGCCAGGCUUCCACCGGUAUAGUAAGGAUUCUCAAGAGUCUCGGCGUGAUGCCUGCUAGGUUAUUGUUUGGUGCUUCCUUUUCACUCAUCAGUGUUUCACCUGUAUAUAUUUUCUUCAGAAUUGAGAUAGCCUAGCAUCGUGAUGUAAAUGUCUCGUGAAAGCGAUUACCCAGUGGGAGACUAGUAUGAGAGCGGCUUUGGGCUUCAUGAUAUGAGAGUUGAUGAACAAGUGUUUGGUCUU